AUGGCGCUAGCUCAGACACGUCAGGGCGCCGUAGGGCUGCCUUCGGCAGAUACGGUGAACUCAGGUUUUCGGGGGGAUCGAUGCCAGGUAGAUGGCGCAUGGAAAGAAACGGACCCUCGAGCGGGAUUAGGAUGGUACAAUUACAAUAUGGAGACAGGGGAAGUAUUCUUGGGAACAUGUAAUCUGUGGAGGGGAGUUUCUUCUCUCCAAACAGAGGUGGAGGCCCUGUUAUGGGCAAUGCAAUGUAUGUUACGUCACAACAAGCUUGUAAUGGUAUUUGAAACAGAUUGCUCCGACGUGGUACAGAUGGUGCUAAACCAGAGGAGUGGCCAGUUUUUGCGGUACUAUUGGAAGAAAUAG